AUGUGCUUUGACAUGCUUAAUGGGUUGGGCUCAACUUCGCGGUCGGGCCGAUAUAGGGUUAACUUUGGGCGGGGCAUUUGCUCGCUGAAAUGGUUUGAUCGUUGUUAUGCGUCGUGGGAUGGGAUGCAAAAGGAUAAUUGGGAUGUUACUAUCAACACUGCUGAUGGCAGUUUAAGAGCUCACAAAGCAAUUCUUUCUGCAACUUCUCCCGUGUUCCAAAGCAUGUUCAGUCACGACCUUAAGGAAAAAGAGUCCUCCAUAAUCCACAUAGUAGACAUGUCCCUGGAAUCUUGCAUGGCUCUUCUAAGUUACCUCUAUGGAACCAUUAAACAAGAAGAUUUCUGGAAGCACCGGUUGGCACUUCUAGGUGCGGCAAACAAGUACGACAUUGCAUACUUAAAAGAUGCUUGUGAGGAAAGCCUUUUGGAAGAUAUUAACUCGACGAACGUCCUUGAGAGGCUGCAAGACGCCUGGUUGUACCAGCUGAAUAAGCUUAAGAAAGGAUGCUUGAUGUACUUGUUUGAUUUUGGAAAAAUAUAUGACGUGAGAGAAGAAGUAAGUAACUUUUUCAGGCAUGCAGACCGAGAAUUGAUGACGGAAAUGUUUCAGGAGGUGCUUACUGUUUGGAAGCCUGUGUAGGUUACCAUGGUAUUCUUAGUGUCAUGCAAUCAGGUGAAAGAUACAUGUAUAUACAUUUGUGAGUCCUUUGGUUAUAUGCAUAUAUGAGGAUGUUGUGAGCUCAUAAGAGAGUUGUUAGUUCGAAGUUUAGUUUUGGCUCUCAAGUGUUGUUUGAGUGAGAUAAUGUAUGUUGUUGAAGCCAAUCUUGAAUCUUGUAAUGAA